AGGGAGCCCACUUACUCACCCACUGAGAGAGCUGCAGGGUACAAAUAGGACUGAAACAACAAGAGGUCUAUAGUAGCACCAGUCACCGUUGGAAUUGCCCCUGGUUUUUGUUCAUUCCAAGGAUUGUGAAGCGGAAUCCAAACACUACAGUAUGUCCCAGUCUGGUGAAGUGAAAAAGAAAAAGCGGCCCCCGGUGAAGGAGGAGGACCUGAAAGGAGCCAGGAGCAAGCUGGGCCUAAAGGGUGAAGUAAAGAGCAAGACCUAUGAGGUCAUGGUGGAAUGCGAGCGCAUGGGGAAAGUGGCCCCGUCGGUGUUCAGCGGGGUUCGUUCUGGCACUGAGACAGCCCUUAGCGGCGGCAACCAAGCUCCACCUCCCAGCGUCUUCGGGAAAUGAAGAACAGAGAACAGCUUGUUUUCUGUCUUUCAGAGAAAGAAAGAAAGAAAGAAAGAAAGAGAAGGACAUAUGGAUUGUGCUAUAGUCACUGUGUAUUUUUGUCUGUUUGGCUGUUGUUAGUAUUAAAGUCCACGUUUGUCCGCAUGUAGGUCACAGAGACUAUCUAAUGUGACUUACCAGAAAAGGCUACAAUCAUCCAACAGAGCAUGUUAAUGUUAACUGUGUCGACACCUUUUUAUCCAUUUUAUGUAUUCAGUAAUACAGUACAUUUUUAAAAUAAAAUUAGAUGCUAUCAGAACAA